AUGGAGAAUGCAAGCAGUGUGAAGGAAUUCAUUCUUCUGGGCCUCUCAGAGGAUCCAGGGGUGCAGAAGAUAUGUUUCGUGCUGUUUCUCUUCUUCUAUAUGAUCAUUGUAGCAGGAAAUCUGCUCGUUGUUAUAACUGUAAUCAACAGUCAAAGUCUGAGCUCCCCCAUGUAUUUCUUCCUCUGCUACCUGUCCUUUGUUGAUAUCUGUUACUCUUCUGUCACAGCUCCCAAAAUGCUUGCUGACUUCCUCGUUAGAAAUAAAACCAUCUCCUUCAUGGGCUGCAUAGCCCAACUGUUUGGGGUACAUUUCUUUGGCUGCACAGAGAUCUUCAUCCUCACGGUGAUGGCCUAUGAUCGCUACCUUGCCAUCUGCAGACCUCUUCAUUACACCACCCUCAUGACCAGGCGGAUGUGCGGCUGGAUGGUGACCGGCUCAUGGGUAGGAGGCUUCAUGCACUCCAUUGUGCAGACUCUCCUAACUAUCCAGCUCCCCUUCUGUGGCCCUAACAUAAUCGACCACUACUUCUGUGAUGCCUACCCCCUACUACAACUGGCCUGUUCCGACACCUAUGCUGUGGGCAUCGUUAUUGUGGCCAACAGUGGAAUGAUAAGUCUGAGCAGUUUCUUCAUCCUGGUCAUGUCCUACGUUGUCAUCCUGGUUUCCGUGAAAAGGAUAGGGUGGCACAAGGCCCUCUCCACUUGUGGGUCCCACAUCACCAUGGUGAUUCUGUUCUUUGGGCCAUGCACGUUCGUCUACAUACGUCCAUCCAUCAAUCUGUCGGAGGACAAGAACAUAGCACUGUUUUACACUGUCAUUGCCCCCAUGCUGAACCCACUCAUCUACACGCUAAGAAAUGAGGAGGUGAAGAGUGCCAUGACAAAACUGUGGAGUAGAAAAGUGGGAAGUGAAAAUGGGAAGGUGUAG